AAUAUUUCCACAAAUGUAUUAUAAAACCUUUCUAAUAUUAAGGAUAUGGAAUCGUAAUUUCUUAUUAGUUAGAGUUAUGUAUAUAUACCUAUAAACUUUUCUUAAUAUGGCACAAUAAUUAUUUAAGUAGAUCAUGAUUCCAUAUUUGUAGCUAAAAUCGCUCAACGGGUUUUGCUCUUUAGCAUGAACGCAUUCAUUAAAAAAGAACUACAUGUCUCAUUUUUAUUAAAACACUUUUCUGUCAUAUUUCUAAAAAUAUAAAAAUAUAAGAGAUAUCACGUGUAUAUCUCCAACUGCGGUUAUGCAUAUGAAUGCGCUAUUGUUCUAUGAUAUCUAACACAAUUCAUUUCAAUUAGUUACAAACAUCUAUCAUAUUUACAGAUGGACAUACAUAUAUAUUUUUAUUGGCUGUAAACAUUAGUUAUUACCGCGAAUUCACGUUACUGCUAAAUGUAACUCCUUUCGAACACUUAUUUAUUUGUUAUUAAAAAUACUUUACAAACUAAAUAACUAUAAAGCUUGUCAUAAAGUCAUUAGUUCUUUUUUUUUUUUUAACAAAAACAAAAUAUACAUAUUUUAAUUUAUUAUUAUUAAUUUGCCAAAUAAGAAAGACGUCGAAAGAUCCCCUUACUUAUCAUGAAUGAUAAUAAUAAAAAUGUUAAAAUUAUGUAUCGAUAUUGGAAAAGCGCUCGAAACUUGUGUUUUAGAAUAUCUUUAUAUCUGUAGUUACUUUCUUUCGGUUUUGUCAAAAUGAUUGAAGAGUUAAAUGGGGUAUUAAAAUUACUGUUGGUAAUUCCCAAUGUAUAUUUUACGAAUCGUGUUAAUCUCAAUACAUAUUCAUGGGAAACGAAUCCAAUGCAAAGUUGGUCAAACCAUAACUAUCCAGCAAUGUCUGCUAAAAGUAUAUCAUAAUGGGAGCUUGUUUUAAACAAGAUUAAUAGAAGACAUAUGUUUGGACAGUUGUUUUAAAAUAUAAAAUAAUAUAUCGCGUCAUAUAAUCGGUGCAAGUUUUGAAAUAGUGAAAACGUUUGCAAAAGAGCAAGUAUGUAUUUAUGUAAAGAAUAAUUCAUUCAUUUUUUUUUGAAAUCGUAUUUGUAUGUAUUUAUUCAAUUGUUUUUCGGCAUAAAUUGUCAAAAAUUAAAUUGUAUUUGAAUGUGGUCAGUUAACGUUGCGGUUAUUAUUGUUUCUCGUAUAAUGCCGUAUCCAGCACCAACACCUUAUCGGGCGAUACAAGGAUUCGCUUGCUAUUUGUGUUCAUUGAUGUUAUUUGGUUUCUAUAUAUUUUGGGUUCUUACGCCGUUGAAGCAAAUGGGGUUCGACGACUUACCACAUAAAUAUUUAGCGUUAUCUACGAGCAAUGUGUUGUCAUUGCUUAUGGUUAUGAUUUAUUAUGUUUUUUAUCCUGCAAUUAAUUUGGCAAUGACACCGGACGUGGAUGGAAUAGCAACAGUCAUAGACGUGCAGCUAUUAAAACGCGGCAAUGAAAUGAAUGAUGUAAUUAAUUGGAGUACAAUACAGCAUUUAGAAAAUGUGCAACGUAGCCUAUCUAAGAAAAUACCGUUGAAAAACGAAAAUUUCGAAAACUGCCAAUACUGCAAUGGAGUGCAACACGAAGUUACUGCAAAAGGCACAAUACCAACGCUCUACCAUAUCGAUCUGGCUGAAAUUAAUCGUUUAGUUUAUAAUUAAAGAUUGUCACUAACCGUAUAAUAAACAUAUUUACAAGUGGUACAUAUGUACUUCAAAAAAUAAAUAAUAGGAAAUGAGUGUUUCUUU